AUGGGAGUUACUGAUCAAUGCGCUGUCGUUCGAGGAAGUCAUCAUGAUGAUGAGGUGGCACAAAACAAGACGGUGGUUGAAGGGGUGUUGAUGAAACGACAUGUCGUUUCCCGGAGAACAAGUACUAGAAGUGGAGUACAUAAUAAUAAGAGGAUCUUGAUGAAGAAGAGAAAAGGGUCAUCAUCAUCAUCAUCAUCAUCAAGAACAACAACAACAGAAGGAAGUGGUGGAAUCGUGAGAAAGGUCAAAACCCUAAAGAGGCUUGUUCCUAAUGGGAGGGAAUCAGAAGGGUUGGAUGGGCUUUUCAGAGAAACCGCUGACUAUAUUUUGAGUCUCCAAUUGAGAGUUAGAGUUAUGCAGAUUAUGGUUGAUGUGUUAUCAUCAGAACCACCACCAGCUGCUACUUCUUCUUCUUCUGAUGAUGAUUAUGAUCGUGAUGAAGAGUGA